CACGUCCACCCCGUCCACUCCUUGUCCAUCUAAAUCCAACCAGGACUUGCAGGUAACCUCCGCUUCUGGUCCUCAUCAUGGCCAGCUACAAUUAUGAUGAGUCGGGCAAUAUGGCUCUCUACUUCAUCAUCACCGUCCUUUCCAUCAUCCUCGUCCCGUUCACGCUUUCGUUCUUGUUCUCUUCGUCUUCUAAACAUGUUAUUACGUCGGGUUGCGAGUGUGGGCCUUGCGUGCGUCAUCGCAAGGAAGCGAAGGGAUCGUCAUUGCGACCGAAAUUAUCCAGAAAAGCCAUAUUCACUGCCCUCGGUUGGGCAGCCCUUGCUUUGCUCUCGUACAAGGUCGCGAACACCGCUAAUGACAGCAAGAUAUAUGACCCAUAUGAGAUCCUCGGGCUCACGAUGGGUGUUACAGAGAAGGAUAUCAAAUCGCACUUCAAGAAGUUGUCCCGAAUUUACCAUCCAGAUAAGGUGAAACUCACGGCGAACGACACUGCCGAGUCUGUCGCUUCACGCUUUGUGGACAUCACCAAGGCCUACAAGUCGUUGACCGACGCGAAUAUCCGCAAAAACUACGAGGAUUACGGCCAUCCUGACGGUAGGCAGGAAAUAACCAUGGGCAUUGCGCUUCCUCGCUGGAUCGUUGAAGCGCAGAAUAACAUCUGGGUGUUGGGCGUCUAUGGAUUACUGUUUGGUGUUUCUCUUCCUAUGCUCGUCGGUCGUUGGUGGUUCGGCAGUCGUCAGAAGACCAAGGACGGCAUUCAUGCUCAGACGGCUUCCCGGUUCUUUAAGUCUCUGACUGAAGCAUCUGGUAUCGAAGACAUAGUUGGCGCACUUGGUAAGGCAGUCGAAUUUGAGCGGCCAGGGAAACCCAGCGGAGUGGCUGAACUGGAAGAAUUGGAGAAGGCCAUUGAGGCAGCUAUAGGCCAGAAGUGGAGGGAUGUUCGCGCGCUUGUGAAGAGUGAGAGCAAAGACGGCCGUUGGCGUGCUUUGGUCCUCAUACAUGCGUACUUGUUGCGUUUGGACGUGAAGGAUUCUGCUUUGAAAAAAGAGCAAGUGGAGAUACUUCUCCAGACUCCGAAUAUCUUGAACGCUUUGCUCAAUAUCAGCAUGGCACGGAACUGGUUUCUGCCGACGCUCGCUGUCAUGCACCUUCAUGCAUAUCUGGCGCAGGCACUUUUCCCUGGCAACGACAAGGCGAAGUAUGUACAGCUACCUGGCAUCAGCGAGGACGAUGUAGAGACACUCCCAGAAGGCGUGUCCACUCUGGAGGACUAUAUACAGGCUCUGGAAGAGAAAGGUGACGAACGUCUACCGGACAUUAAGAAGGCAGCCGCGCGGUGGGGGCGGCUGGAGCUAGUCGAUGCCAGAUUUCAAGUCAUUGGUGAGCGCAUCGUUACGCCGUCUGCGCUCGUCCUCCUGGUUGUCAAACUUCGUAUCUCGCCUCCUACCCAUGGAUCUCUUGUAAAUGGUGCAACGAAGGAUGAGGAAGAGCGCCCACUAUCUGAUACAGAUGCAGCGAAAGACGACGAGUUCCUGAAAAGCCCUCAAGACUAUGAAGAUCUAUCACCUUCCUCACAGGGCAGCGGCUGGGCGCAUGCGCCAUACUGGCCUGGGAACCGUCGACCGGGAUGGUGGAUCGUGAUCGCGGAUGAGAAGAUGAACAAGGUCGUCGUACCGCCGAUGAAGAUCUCAGACAUUCCGUUCUCAGACCCCACGCGAUCGCGCAACUUCCGGUCUUUUAAGCUGCGAUUCCAAGCACCUCCUGGUGUUGGUUUGUUCACUUGGAGGAUCCAUAUCGUGAGCGAUACCCUCAUCGGGGAGGACAUCGUGAAAGCCGUGCAGCUCAAGAUCGACGAUGUGUCGGCGUUGAACGAGGACGAGCAGGAUGCGGAAGAUGAGAUCUCGGAGCCCGAGGAGGAUACGCUGGCAGGGCAGAUGGCAGCUAUGCGCGGUGGGUCGGUCAAAAAGGCUGCGGUGGAGAGCGACGACGAGAGUUCGACGGAUGAUGACAAUGCAGAGAAUAGCGAUAGCAGCAGUGAUAGUGAUUGAAUUCACGCAAAGCUGUUUCUGAAAACCUUGGCUGAAACACCUUUUCUUGUCUUCCCCUCUGAGUCAGUGGUCCCAGUGGGUCAGGUAGUCCAUGAAGCAGGCCUCCCCCCAAUUUUCAGGGGUCGUAUAUUUUCUCAUAUAUUUUUCAUCAUUUUCUCAUAGUAGUAGACCCUUGCCCUCGAUACAGUGGUGGGUAGGAGCCU